AUGGAAAGAACUGUUGUAGUUAAAAGAUUAGGUCUUCCUCCAGCCAAAGUCAAAGUGAGAAUAUGGAACGAUACUGUGUCCAACUUAACGCUUAUGGCACUAGGGUCUUCUGCACCUGAGAUACUCCUUUCAAUAAUUGAGGUGGUCGGAAAAGGUUUUGAAGCAGGCGAUUUGGGGCCUAAUACUAUUGUCGGUUCAGCAGCAUUUAAUUUAUUUAUGAUUAUUGCUAUUUGUGUUUCUGCUGUCCCCCCAAAAGAAGUUAGAAGACAAAAACACUUGGAUGUAUUUUUUGUUACUGCAACAUGGUCAAUAUUUGCUUAUGUUUGGUUGUGGGCAAUUUUAGCUUAUUUUUCCCCUGGAGUUAUUGAAAUAUGGGAAGGACUAGUAACUUUUGCUUUCUUUCCUAUUACUGUUUUAACUGCUUGGAUUGCUGAUAUUAAAUUAAUACAGGCAUUUUGCUUUGAAUUUAUUAAUUAA